AUGCAGCUCUCCAGGUCGUUUGCUCUACUUGCAAUUUACACCACCCUCGCUCUUGCCAAGGUUGACUCGCUCGUUUCUGAGCGUGCGCUCCAGAAGCGCUUUGUUGAUGCCAACGGCAAUUAUAACGUCACGAUUGUACACACCAACGACGUUCAUGCACACCUUGAUCAGUGGAGAGCCGGUCGUGGUACGGAUUGUACCCCAGGCAGUGAAUGUAUCUCCGGAUAUGCACGUAUCAAGCAAAAGGUCUCGGAGCUUCGCCAGAGUAUCCAAGACCCGAUCUUCCUUAAUGCCGGCGACGAAUUUCAAGGGACACUAUUCUUCACCUAUUACGGUGGUGAAAAGAUCUCAUAUGCGAUCAAUGAAGUCGGAUAUGAUGUGUUUACUCUGGGAAAUCACGAAUUCGACCGAGGACAAGGCGAGCUUGCUGCGUUCCUGAAGAACCUUACGUUCCCUGUCGUGUGCGCUAAUUUCAAAACCAACGACACGGCAAUGAACGCGCUCAACAUCCAGCCUUAUACGAUCAUCGAGAAACACCAGCUUGGUAUCAUCGGGGUAAUCACGCCUGACACCAAGGGUACUAGCAGUGGCGCAGGUCCUGGCACUGAGUUUUCGGAUCCAGUUCAGGCUGUUCAAAAGGCGGUCGAUGAGCUUCAGGCGAAGAAUAUUACCCGCAUCAUUGCAUUGACGCAUAUUGGCUACGACAAGGAUAUCGAGCUCGCCCAAAAGACAAAGGGUGUCGAUUUGAUUGUCGGUGGUCAUUCGCACACCCUGCUUGGCAACUUUACCAACGCAAUGGGAUCGUAUCCCACGACUGCAAAGAACUUGGACGGCGAAGAAGUGUUUAUUGUCACGAGCUAUCGCUGGGGCGAGAUUCUCGGCAAGAUGAAUAUUGCGUUUGACGCGUCUGGCAAGAUUGUAUCGUACGAAGGAGAGCCGCUGAGGCUCACAAACACAACACAACAAGACCCCAAGUUGCAGGCCGAAGUCAACGAGUGGAGACAGCCAUUUGAUGCAAUGGCACAAGUCGUCGUGGGCACCAGCAGCGUCGUGCUUGACCAGAGCAUUUGCCAGUUUUCGGAAUGUACACUGGGCAAUGUUAUUACCGAUGCUAUGUAUGAGUACAGAAAAAAUGCGGGUGGCAAUGUCGACUUUGCCCUCAUCAACUCGGGUGGUAUACGAGCGUCCAUCUCGGAGGGAACUGUCACCCAAGGCGACAUCCUCACGUCGUUUCCUUUUAUGAAUGGCGUGGUCGACCUGACCUGGACGGGCAAGCAGCUGCUGGAUAUCUUUGAGGGCGUGGUGUCCAAAUAUUCAACACUGAGUCACCAUGCAACGACAAGCUUUAUCCAAGUGUCGAAACAAGUGAAGUUCUCGUGGAACCCCAACAAUGUCAACCAGACGCGGCUGAUCACACUCGAGAUUGGUGGUCAGCAAGUCGACGUGAAUAAAAACUACACCAUGGUGACGCUCGACUUUUUGGCGAGCAACGGCGACUACUUGUGGGGUACACGAACUGAUUUUGCAGCACUCGAUACGCUCGACGUUGUACUCGCGAGCUAUUUCAAGGCCCACUCGCCCGUGGGAGCGUCGAUCGAGGGUCGUAUUACGAAUAGCACGUCGACCACCCAACAAUUGCCGGGCAAGGGGAGCUCUGGCGGGAGCGGGGGGGCGAGUGCCCUGAUUGUUUCUGGCCUGAGUGCGGGAAUGAUGCUGCUAGCGGGGAUGAUGCUUGUAUAA